AUGUUUUAUGUAAUUUGUGUUCAUUAAUUUUUAAUAAAACAUUUUCAAAAAACGAAUUUGAAAUCGUGCGAGAACUAGACAGUCGUCGUCAAGGAGUGUUGGUGCGCGUUUUGUCCUUAGAACAAAAAAAAAACAUUUUAUCCAGUGACUCUCUUUUUAGAUUAUAUGGUUACCAUGUCGAUAUAUAUUAGUUAAUAUAAGCUGUUUAUUGUUCCCUAUUUUUUUUUUAGUUUCCAUAAAACACAGAAGGUCGGCUCGUCCUAACCCAAAAACUUUGGCAAGGAUGUUCUUCAUCAUAAAUGAAAUGAGUCGUCUUCUGAAUUUGGCCGAAAGCAUCAAAAAUUAUUUGGAUGCUCCAACAUCUCAUAAAGUUAUUCAAAAAAGGCGUGGACGUCCUAAGAAAAGGAUUUGUAUUAAGGCUCCGUCAACAUCACAAAAUGUACCGUUCUUGAGUGCAGAGGUGGAGGAAUAUAAUGACGUAUUAGUUUGUGUUAAGAGGCAUUCAGAUGAAUUAAAUAAUAUUGUCACGCAAUUAGUGUCUGAUGAGAAUCCGAAUCCUCGAGCCUGCACUCAUAUCUCAAAUCCUUCGAUGUCCAUUUGUCAAGGCUAUCCAAAUAGUGAUCAUCAGUUUUGCGGUUGUGGAAUGUAUCUAGCUGGAGAUGCAGAGUGUAUAUGUCGCAAAGGAUUGAAUUACCAUCCUUCUCCGUUGUUAAACAUUGACCAAGAAUCGGAGCCUGGUUCUAGUCGUGACUAUGAAGAAAUUGAUGUCGAAAUUUAAUACUGUCUUCUUCCUUUUGUUUUCUUUUCUUUUGUCAU